AGUGAUCGCCUUCCAAAAUUCAGUACGGCGCGUUCCUCCGUGACCACAAAACAGUACAUAGAUAAUAAAAGAAUAAAAUGUUAGGUCCUAAGUUGGUCAGGCAUGGACGUCUGCUGUCCUACAAUGGAGUCGGUUACUUUAGAAUUCCGAGUCAAGUCGCCGCCCUUAGGCCAGCCGUUAUGCCCGUCCGGCUUGCUUCAACUACACCUGGAUUAUGGCUUCCAAAAAUGACACAAGCGAAUUUCGAGAAGAAAUCUUUGCAAGAUAGAAAGACUACUACGUUUACGGACAGAAGCCAAUUGAAAUAUGCAAGAAGACUUGUUGUCAAACUUGGAAGUGCUGUCAUCACUAGGGAGGAUGAACAUGGUUUGGCUCUUGGAAGACUGGCAUCAAUCGUCGAACAAGUUGCUGAAUGUCAAAAUGAAGGUAGAGAAUGCAUCAUGGUGACAAGUGGUGCCGUAGCAUUUGGAAAACAAAAGUUAACCCAGGAACUGCUCAUGUCACUCUCUAUGAGAGAAACUCUCUCCCCCACAGAUCACACGAGAGAAGAUAUACCUACACUUUUAGAACCCAGGGCAGCUGCCGCUGUAGGACAAUCCGGUCUUAUGUCUUUGUAUGACGCCAUGUUUGCCCAAUAUGGUGUCAAAAUUGCUCAAGUAUUGGUGACUAAACCCGAUUUUUACAACGAAGAAACCCGUAGAAAUUUGAUCAGCACCUUAUCCGAGUUGAUAAGCCUGAACAUUGUACCGAUUAUUAACACCAACGAUGCCGUGUCACCACCAUUCCAAGUUGAUGAACCAAUUGGAGGAAAAGGAGGCAAGAAAGGAAUCAGCCUUAAAGACAAUGAUAGUUUAGCCGCUAUGUUAGCUGCUGAAGUUCAAUCCGAUCUUCUGAUCCUUAUGUCUGAUGUCGACGGUAUUUAUAACAAGCCUCCAUGGGAACAAGGUGCCAGAUUCAUCCAUACAUUCACGUCAGAUUUAAGACACACCAUCGAGUAUGGUAAGAAAUCUAAGGUCGGCACAGGGGGAAUGGAUUCAAAGGUGAAUGCAGCAACGUGGGCUUUGGAUCGUGGAGUGUCUGUAGUUAUUUGCAACGGUAUGCAAGAGAAAGCAAUCAAAACUAUAAUGUCUGGCCGUAAGGUUGGUACGUUCUUCACUGACUCCAACACUGGAGCUCCACCAACUGAAGUCGUUGCAGAAAACGCUCGUUCCGGUGGUCGUAUUCUUCAAACUCUUACACCCGAACAACGUGCAUCAUGCGUUCACACCUUGGCAGAUCUCUUGGUUUCUAAACAAUCAGAUAUCCUAGAUGCCAAUGCCAAGGAUCUUGCUGAAGCUACCAAAUCAGGCCUAGCUAAACCUCUACUUUCCAGGUUGUCUCUCACACCCGCUAAGCUAAAAAACCUUGCUGUAGGUCUCAAGCAAAUUGCUGAUGACAGUCACAACAACGUAGGCAGGGUUUUGAGAAGAACAAAGCUAGCUGAAGGAUUGGAACUGACUCAAAUAACUGUGCCAAUUGGUGUACUUUUGGUUAUAUUUGAAUCUAGACCUGACUCACUCCCACAGGUAGCAGCUCUGGCUAUUGCCUCAGGAAACGGUCUUCUUCUUAAGGGAGGUAAAGAAGCAGCCCAUAGUAACAGAGCUCUUAUGGAAUUGGUAAAGGAAGCUUUGGCUACUGUCGGUGCUCAAAAUGCUAUCUCACUAGUUUCCACUCGUGAAGAAAUUGGUGACUUGCUCUCAAUGGAACAACACAUCGAUCUCAUCAUCCCACGUGGUUCAAGUGAUCUGGUACGCAGCAUCCAAUCCCAAAGUCAGCACAUUCCAGUAAUGGGCCAUGCUGAAGGUAUUUGUCAUACAUACAUCGACAAAGAUGCAGACCUUCAGAAGGCACUAAAGAUUAUCCGUGACGGCAAAUGCGAUUAUCCAGCUGCCUGCAAUGCCAUGGAAACAUUAUUGAUACAUCAAAGUUUGAUGGAAGGUGAUUUCUUCUCAGAUGUUUGCAACAUGCUGAAGAAAGAAGGUGUUAGAAUCAAUGCUGGACCUAAAUUAAACGAAAUGUUGACUUUCGGACCACCAUUAGCUAAGACGAUGAAACAUGAGUAUGGUGCUUUAGAGUGCUGUAUUGAAGUAGUCAAGGACACCGAUGAAGCCAUCGAUCACAUUCAUGCAUUUGGAAGUGGUCACACCGACGUUAUUGUAACAGAAAAUCGUGAGGAAGCUAGGAACUUCCAACGUAAGGUUGACAGUGCAUGCGUCUUCCACAACGCCAGUUCCAGAUUUGCUGAUGGUUUCCGUUUCGGUCUUGGUGCCGAAGUUGGCAUCAGUACUGCUAGGAUACACGCCCGUGGACCCGUUGGUGUAGAGGGCCUUUUGACCACUAAAUGGGUACUCAAUGGUACCGAUCAUGCUGCUGCCGAUUUUGCUGAAGGAGGAGGUCGUACUUGGUUGCAUGAAUCCUUGCCCCUCAAUUAAUUUUAGCUAAAUUAUAUAUUUAUAUGUUGUAUUAUAACAAUUUAAUUGUGAGUUUUUUCUCUUUCUCUCUGAUACGAUUAAUGUACAUUUGUAUAUAAUAUAAUGUUAUUAAUUAAGUUUUGCAUUUAAGUUUUAUAUAUUUAAAUAAAAUAUAAACGU